CGUCCCGGGCCCGGAGGAACCGGGAGAAACACCCCGGGAGCCAUGGCCGAGUCCAACCCGUUCCGGGGCUUCCCCCGCCUGCGCCGGGCCGCGACUUCUUUUCCAGGGAAUCUACAUUUAGUGCUGGUGCUCCGGCCCACCACUUUGUUAAGCUCCGCCCCAAGUCCGUCUUCAAGCACUGACCUGGGCUUCCGCUUCAGCCAGGAUGACUUCCUGUUAAAGAUGCCGGUGGUGAUGCUGCGAUCUGUUGGCGACCUGCUGCGCUACAUCGACGAAAACCACCUGACUUCCGAUUUCACGGCGAAAGUGGAGUACUGCCACAGCGACUGGCUCGUCCUCCGUACGUCCAUCGAGACGUUCGCCGUGACGGUGAAGGAGAUCGCCCAGCUGCUGCAGGGCUUCGGAUCCGAGCUGUCCGAGACCGAACUCCCAGACGAAGCCGGCGCCAUCGAGUUCCUGCUGCACUCGCACACGCACAGAUACCGGCAGAUGAAGGAUGAUAUCCGGAGCGUGCUGAAGGAAGGACGCCUGCUGAUGUCCAACCUGGAAACUGUCAAGGCCUCCAAGAGAGAGUCGGAGGAAGAGACAGAAAUACAAGCGGACAUGGACACUGUUCAAAGGCUGCUGGCCCAGCUGAGAGACAUGGAGGAGGCGUUUGACGGCUUCUUUGAAAAGCACCACUUGAAGCUGCAGCAGUACCUCCAGCUGCUGCACUACGAAUUAAGUUUCCAGCAGAUGGAGGAGGUGCUGGAGCGGCUGUCUGCGCAGGAGAAAGGGAUCGCCUCUCUGGGAAACACUGUGGUUCAGACGGAGCAGCUGCUGAAAGACCUGGACAUGCUGGACAAACAAGCUGAGGAGGAGAUGGCUCGCGCCCAGGUGGUGAUCCUGCACGGCCACCAGCUGGCUGCGAACCACCACUACGCGCUGGCGCUCAUCGUGCAGCGCUGCAACGAGCUGCGGCAUCUCUGCGACGUUAUCACCACCUCCAUCCGCACCAAGCGGGCCUCGCUCACUCGAACGCGAGAUCUGCUCCUCCGCCUCGAAGAGGCCCUGCGGUGGUGUGACGAGGGCGCUUAUCUGCUGGCCAGUCAGAUGGUGGACAAGUUCCAAACCAGGGAGGGGGCUCAGGAGGCGCUGCUGUACCUGAGCUGCCACCAGGAGAGGGCGCCGUCUGCCCUGAAGAACAGCCAGGACACCCUGAGCCUGGAGUUUGAAGCCAUACUCACCCCCCAGCUGCAGUCGCAGAUUUCGGUGGUGAUGGAGAAGCUGCUGUCCAUGCAGUCCAUGAUCAGGAACAGGGAGCAGUGCCUGAAGAAGCUGGCCGACGUUCAGGUCCGACCCAUACAGCUGGUGGCCCCCCGGCCAGAACCCGACCAGACCCUCAUGCGCUGCAAAUCGCCCCUAUUUUCCCCCAAACACGGCGUAGACUUUAACGUCUUGAACUCCAAGUUCUCCUUUGACCUGCUUCCCGGGAAGAGAGCCGCCAGGAAGAAUAACAGCCAGCGCAAGAUUGAGGUGAUGCACGACUACCAAGGCAAUCGCAGCUGCUUAUACGGCACCAACCCUGAGACUGACUCUGAGGCGGAGGACAAUCCCGAGCAGGUCACACGCCACAUUAUGAAGGAGCUGAUUGCUACCGAGAGGAUCUAUGUGGACGAGUUGCUCUCUGUCCUUCUGGGCUACAGAGCGGAGAUGGAAGACCCCGCCAUAUCUAAUCUUCUUCCUCCAGCCCUGUGCAGCCAGAAGGACGUUCUGUUCGGCAACAUGCCAGAGAUCUACCAGUUUCAUAGCAGGAUCUUUCUUCAAGAUCUGCAGAGUUGCCUGGAAACACCGGAGCGGGUGGGAGCUUGCUUCCUGCAGCGGAAGGAGAAGUUCCAGGUGUACGAACGCUACUGCCAGAACAAACCUCGCUCGGAGCUGCUGUGGCGGCAGUGCUCCGAUUCACCCUUUUUUCAGGAGUGCCAGAAGAAACUGGACCACAAGUUGGGUCUGGACUCGUACCUCCUGAAGCCAGUCCAGCGCCUCACCAAGUACCAGCUGCUACUCAAGGAGCUGCUGAAGCACUGCGCAGAGCAGCGGUACCGCUGUGAGCUGCAGGAGGCCCUGGACUCCAUGCUGGAGCUGCUCAAGUCUGUCAACGACUCCAUGCAUCAGAUCGCCAUCACCGGAUAUCAGGGUGACCUGGGCCAGCUGGGCCGAGUGGUCCUGCAGGGCGGCUUCAGCGUGUGGAUCAGCCACAAGAGCGCAGCGGUGCGGAUGAAGGAGCUGGCCAGAUUCAAGCCCAUGCAGAGGCAUCUCUUCCUGUACGAGCACGCCUUGCUCUUCUGCAAGCGCAGGGACGAGGACAACCACGACCGGACGCCGUUCUACAGCUUCAAGUCCUGCCUCCGAAUGAGCGCAGUGGGAAUCACUGAAAAUGUGAAAGGUGACGUGAAGAAGUUUGAAAUGUGGUACAGCGGCAGGGAAGUGGUUUACAUCCUUCAGGCUCCCACGUUGGAGGUUAAGGUCGCCUGGCUGAUGGAGAUUCGAAAAAUUCUCGCGAACCAGCAAAAACUACGUCAAGAUGAGCUGACGUCUCUUCCUCUCUCAGAAAACCCUCUCUCUGACAGUGCAUCAGAGGUGUGUGUGUCGUGGGCCGUGGCGCCGGUGGGAGGCUGCUCAGCGUGUCUCCCUGUUCCUCACAGCUCCUCAGCGACAAGCCACGCCCACAUGGCCAGGGGGGAGGAGUCCAUACACACCAGCCCCGCCCACUCCGACCCGGUGGUCCAUUCCCCCCGACGUAGCUGGCCUGUCCCACACUCGGUGGCGAUCUGCGAGGGCCUGGAGGACUGGGGCGCCACCGACCUCUCCAACAUAUCAGACUCGGAGGAGGAGGACCAGCCUUCCCCGCUGGUGGCAGGCAGGUACAGAGUCAUGGUGGAGAGCAGCAUGGCGAGCACGGACGACAUUAUCUUUAACUGCGGUGACGUUAUCCAGCUGCUUCAUGAGGAGUCUUCGGGAAUGUGGAUGGUGAGAAAUGUAAGUCGUGGAGAAGAAGGUCGUGUUCUGCCUGAGGAUCUGCACAGGAUUCUGGGAGAAACCUGCUAGAAGCCAAAUCUGAACGGACGACAGCGUACAGCUUUUUCUUUUACUCAUUAUUUUUUUGGGGUCCAUUUUUGGACAUAUGCCUAUCAACACUUACACAGACUCAUAUUUUCCGUUUACUUUCCAGCCGUAACUGGACUCUGCUGUCUCUCGGACUGAAGCACAACAUGAGCCAUCUAUUUACUCUACCAUCUACUGUGACAGUUUGAGCUGGGAGCCUCAGGCGGUUGUAAAUAAAAUGGUUCAACUUCAGGAGAUCGAGACACAUUUGGAUGGAAAACACAUACAAGCCUUGGGUUCAUUUGGCUUCUCCUGCAUUAAUACAGUUGAUUAUUUGGACUUCAGAUGUUAAACAGAGGCUUUUGUUCAUACAU